AUAGAAUUCAAAAUAUUAUUUUUUUUUUAAAUUAAAACCAAAUAUUUUUUAAAAAACCUCUUGUUGUAUAUUAUAUAUAAAUUAAAAAUCAAUUAUGAAUAUGUCAUCAGACGCAACAGUUGCUGAAUUAUUAAAGAGACUUGAAGCUGCUACAACUCGUUUAGAGUCACUCGAAAAAGCUUUAGCCACAGCUGCUUCAUCAGCUCCAGCUUCAGGUGGUUCAGUCUCAGCCGGUUCUGCUCCAUCAGCUGCCGCUGUUAAAGAAUUCCAAAACUUAAUCGAUCAACAUAUUACUCCAUUCGUUGCUAUUUCAAAGAAACUUGCACCAGAAGUCGUUAAACAAGUUGAAGAAUUAGUUAAAGCCCUCGAAGCCGAAAAGAAUUUAAUCAAUACUGCCUCACAAAGCAAAAAACCAUCACAAGAUGUUUUAAUGGAAUUAAUUAAACCAGUCAACAACUUUGCCCAACAAGUUGGUCAAAUUCGUGAUUCAAAUAGAUCAUCCAAAUUCUUUAACAAUCUCUCAGCUCUUUCAGAAAGUGUUGGUCUUUUAAGUUGGGUUGUUGUUGAACCAACUCCAGCUCCACAUGUCGCUGAAAUGAGAGGUUCAGCUGAAUUCUAUACCAAUCGUAUCUUAAAAGAAUUCAAAGGUGUCAACCAAGAUCAAGUUGAUUGGGUUCAACAUUACAUUGCUUUCCUCAAGGAUCUCGAAAAAUACAUUAAACAAUACCAUACUACUGGUUUAACCUGGAAUCCAAAAGGUGGUGAUGCUAAAUCAGCCGCUCCAGCUCCAGCUGCCCCAGCUGCUCCAGCCCCAUCUGCUGGCGGUCCACCACCACCACCACCAGUUUUCAAAGCUGAACCAGAAAAGAAAGGUGCUGAUAUGAACGCUGUCUUCUCACAAAUUGGUAAAGGUGAAGGUGUCACUGCUGGUUUAAAGAAAGUCACCAACGACAUGAAAUCUAAAAACUUUACCGAUAAAUCAUCAGUUGUCAAAGCUUCAAGCAAACAAGAAAAAGUUGUUGCCCCAGCCAAACCACCAAAAUUCGGUCUUGAAGGCAACAAAUGGUGUGUUGAAUAUCAAGUUAACAACAAAGAAAUCAUCAUUUCUGAAACUGACUCACGUCAAACCGUUUACAUUUACCAAUGUGUCAACACUGUCGUUCAAAUCAAAGGUAAAGUUAAUGCCAUCACCCUCGAUGGUUGCAAAAAAACUGCUAUUGUUUUCGAAAAUGCUAUUUCAUCAUGUGAAGUUGUAAACUGUACCUCAAUUGAAAUCCAAGUUACUGGUCGUGUUCCAUCCGUUGCCAUCGAUAAAACCAGUGGUGCUCAAGUUUAUCUCUCAGCUACCUCAUUAGAUACUGAAAUCGUUUCAUCCAAAUCAUCAGAAAUGAAUGUUUUAAUUCCAGGUGCCACUCCAAAUGACGAUUUAGUUGAAAUUGCCAUUCCAGAACAAUUCAAAACUAUCGUUCGUGAUAACAAAUUAGUCACUGAAUCAGUUUCACACGUUUAAAUUUUCAAAAAAAAAAAAACCAAUAAAAAAAACCUAAUAAAAAUAUUUAUCUAUUUUAUUUAAUUAUUUAAUAUUAAAUAAAAGUAAAAUUUUGU